AAUCCAGAGGAAGUUGUAAAGCGAGCAAGGGAGGAAACUGGGGAAGCAGAGAGCGGUGACGCCGGAAGAAGCGAUGAUGUCUGGAAGAAGGAGAAGCGGAAAAAGGACGCCGGAACGGAGGGGGUGGUCCGUUUGGGUAUGAUGGAAUUUACGACUUCACGUGAGAUGUUUCAAACUUUCAAAGGGUGGAUGACCGGUAGUUAUCUAAAUUUCCCCGUCGUCAUCUUUUGGCAGAGGAUCGUGCCGAGCUUGCUGGACUUGGUGAAGAAGGGUCAUCCCGAGCCACAUAAAAUGAUUGGUUGUGGGGUCGAUUCAUUUCGAGUCCGAAAUGACACGAUGUGCAGCCACUUCCGCACCUUCUUUAUCGUUAGGAAAGAUGAUUCGACCGCAGAUUUCUGCUUCAGGACCUGUGUAAACAACAUCCUUCCAUUACCCGAGGAUUUGAAAGAUCAAGGUGGUGGUGUUGUUGCUGUUUGUGCAUGUCAUAUAGAAGGAGGCAUGGGUCGUUUGCAGGAGGAGAGGAUGGGAAGGCUCAACACCGUCAUCUUGGGUUCGAAGAAAUUCUAUUACUCCACGCAUAUGUAUAGAUACUUUUACUCGUUGCUUAUGAGGUCCCCACUUAAUCAGAAUCUCGUCGAGGUUAUUCAAACGGUAUUGUUGGCUUUGCUGAAGAAGGGCGAUCCAGAGUGGGAGAAGAAGGUUGGUUCGGGAGGGGGUCUCCAAUCAGUACAUAUUCGGAUGCCCACAGUGGGGAGCUAUCCGGCCUACUUCGUUGUUAGGAACGAUGGUUCUAUGGUGCCUUUCUGCUUCUGGACAUGCAUCGACAAUCUCAUUCCUUUGCCAAAUGACUAUAAAAACCGAUGUGCUGCUGGUGCUGGUCUUAAAGUUUCCAGAGGAGCUAUACGUGGCGCUAGUGGAUGA